AACAGUUUAAAGAGGUCACACAUUGCGCUGUAAAAGGAUCAACUUUUUUUAAAGCAAUUUUUGAGCUGUCAGAGAUUAAGGAAAUAGACAUGGACACACGCGGGAAACAAGGUGAAGUUUACCUACAACAUCAGAAACAUGGUGAGAAGUGGAAGCGAUAUUGGUUGGCCCUUUAUCCGGCAAGUCGGCAUGGCAUUGCACGCCUAGAAUUAUCAGAAGCCGUUCACGAACGGUCAACUGUGGUGGUCAGACGACACCUGGAGAGGAAAGUUGUACGUCUGGCUGACUGUGUGAGUGUAUUCAAGCUGCCUCCACAUGCAGAGGCUUGUCCAGGGGAAAACAUGGCUGCCUUCUGUUUGGAGACUGAGGACAAGAGGCUGGUGUUUGCAGCAGAGAGAGAAAGCUGUGGAGAAUGGGUGGACAUAAUAUGUAACAUUGCCUUUCAGAAACACACUAAAAGUGCUCCACAACCGGUACCACUUAUGGAGGACAAUCAGAUCUACAUGUCCAGAGAACAACUGAGUGAGUUCAAAGUAGUUGUGCUGCAGAGUGAGUCUUCAGUUCGUUGUGGCCUGAAAGGACAGUACUGGCUGCAAGCUGGUGAAGACAUACUUGUUCUACAAGAUCUGGAGACCAGGAAGACUGUAAUGGAGUGGCCAUACAAGCUGCUGCGCCGCUACGGGCGAGAUAAGAUGGUGUUUUCAAUAGAAGCAGGCAGGCGCUGUGAAUCAGGCCCCGGCACCUUUAACUUUGAGACCAGGCAGAGUGAAGAGAUCCUCCGCCUUAUCGAGUCAGUUAUUCGGCAACAGAAGAGCCUUGCCGUUACUGGAGACAGGCACUCGCCACAUUCUCCACGUUCUCGCUCUCCUCGCUCACCCCUGCCUAAACGCCCUGAAAGUGUUCCUUUGCUUGAUACAGAGGGCAACAACAGCCCUCAGCUUUCGGACUCAAAACUGCCCUUGUACCCUGAUCCAGCAGAUGCUCUUGGCCCAAACAUCUCAAAUCCUGUACUUACAAAACCUGUGAGUCCUAUUGGCUCAACCGAAGCUGUAUAUGCAAACCCCGCAGAUUGCAUAAGCUCCUCAAAAAGCACACUCUCAAAUCCUAGUGGCGGAAUUAGCUUGAUUGAGCCUGUGUAUUCAAAUCCUGUCAUUUUAUUAGGCAGACAUGAAUCACAGCCAGCAGAUCUCAUCAAAUCGCAUCAUGCUGUAAAUAAAGAGCCUCUCCCAUCUCCUGAUAGGGAUGAUUCAGAACCAGUGUAUUCUGAUCCUGCUGAUUUUAUCCGCCCAAAACCCAACAAUUGUGUCCAUGCCAACCCUACUGACACGAUGGACUGUCAGGCCGUCAAGACGAUGUUGAACAACGACAAGCAGCAAGAACCUGUGUACUCUGAGGUGUAUGACCAUGUCGCACUAAUCUCAAGUAAAAAACUUGACCAGAGGAUUGAGGAGCCCAUUUAUAGUGUACCCGAUGUCAUACAGGCAACCCAAAACAAUAACCCUCAACAAAACAAAAUGACUGAUGAGAACCAACCCAUCUACAGCAAAGUUAACAAACCACCCAAAACUCCUCAGGCUCUCGAAGAAAAGAGGCUAGGCCAAACACGAGAGGUUGUCUCUGAGGACCUUGGAAUGAUUUAACUAAAUCUGUAAUAUAAUUUCUUUACACAAACAUGUAGCUUUUAAUUUGUAAUAUUUAACAUUUUAUUCUCCCCCAACCCCACCCCACUGAUAUCAUAAUUUAUUAAUCCAUUCUACC